AUGAUAACUGAAAUUUGGAAAAAAAAUCCAAAUCGUUUUAAAGAAAGUAUUGCUGAAAUUUGUUGGUCAUUGGAAAAACCAAUGAUGUUUAAAUUAGAAGCGGUUACUCUUGUCACAUCUGUUAUUGAUGAUACUGAUGGAAUGAUUAAACUACGUCCAGAAAUUUACAAAAAAAUAGUAUCUGAAUCAUCACACACAUCAAUAUGGAAUACUCUGGCUUACAUUCACAAUAUCAAAUCAACACUUAAAGACAUAUUUUUACCUGAAGGAUUUCCACACAGUGUUCAUCCUGACUAUGUUGCCUAUCAAAUAUGGGACACAGUACAGGCAUUUGCAAGUACAAUACUUGGAAAUUUAACGACUUAUUCAAUACUGGAAUGUGUUGGUGUUGGUAACACAAAUAAAACUCCAUUAGCAGCAACAAUAGCAUGGAUAUUAAAAGAUGGUACUGGAAUGAUUGGACGUAUUGUGUUUUCUUGGCAAACUGGUACUCAACUUGAUUGACAAUGCAAGAAAUGGAGACUAUUUGCUGAUGUAUUAAAUGAUCUUGCAAUGGGACUUGAAUUAAUGUUACUUUAUUAUGCUACAUCUUACACAACAAUUAUACUUUGUCUAUCAACAAGUAUGAAAGCAGUUGUAUCUGUAGCUGGUGGAGCCACACGAGCUGCUCUUACUCAACAUCAGGCUCUUAAUAGUAAUAUUUGCAACGUCUCAGCAAAAGGGAAGACACUUGUCAACUUGGUUGCUUCAACUUUUGGUAUUUUUCUACUUUCUGUGGUUCCUUCAACGUAUUUUAUGUUUUUAUAUACAUCUUAUUGGAAACAUGAAGUUAAUCAUUUACCUGUUGCUGGCUGGAGAGCCAACUGGCAAACUUAA